UCCCUCCCCAUGGCCGGGACGUACAGCUCCACUCUGAAGACGCUGGAGGACUUGACCUUGGACUCCGGGUAUGGGGCCGGAGACUCGUGCCGCUCGCUCAGCCUCUCGUCCUCCAAGUCCAACUCGCAGGCGCUCAACUCUUCGGCGCAGCAGCACCGCGGGGCGGCCUGGUGGUGCUACUCCGGCUCUAUGAACAGCCGCCACAACAGCUGGGACACGGUGAACACGGUGCUCCCCGAAGACCCCGAGGUGGCCGACCUCUUCUCGCGCUGCCCGCGGCUCCCCGAGCUGGAGGAGUUCCCCUGGACCGAGGGAGACGUGGCCCGGGUGCUCCGCAAAGGCGCCGGCGGCCGGCGACUGCCCCUGUUCUCCGCCGAGGCGGUGAGGCGCCUGGCCGGGCUGCUCCGCAGGGCGCUCAUCCGCGUGGCCCGCGAGGCGCAGCGCCUGAGCGUGCUGCACGCCAAGUGCACCCGCUUCGAGGUGCAGAGCGCCGUGCGCCUGGUGCACAGCUGGGCGCUGGCCGAGAGCUGCGCGCUGGCCGCUGUCAAGGCGCUGUCCCUGUACAGCAUGAGCGCCGGCGACGGACUGCGCCGGGGCAAGUCGGCGCGCUGUGGCCUCACCUUCUCGGUGGGCCGCUUCUUCCGCUGGAUGGUGGACACCCGCAUCUCCGUGCGCAUCCACGAGUACGCGGCCAUCUCGCUCACCGCCUGCAUGGAGAACCUGGUGGAGGAGAUCCGGGCCAGGGUACUGGCCAGCCAGAGCCCCGACGGCGCAGGGUCCGGAGGCGGGGAGGUGUCCGCUGAGGCCCUGGAGAUGGUCAUCAACAACGACGCCGAGCUCUGGGGCGUUCUGCAGCCCUACGAGCAUCUCAUCUGCGGCAAGAACGCCAAUGGUGUCCUCUCCCUCCCCGCGUACUUCAGUCCUUACAACGGCGGGUCCCUGGGCCAUGACGAACGAGCUGAUGCCUACGCUCAGCUGGAGCUCCGGACCCUGGAGCAGUCCCUCCUGGCCACCUGCGUGGGCAGCAUCUCGGAGCUGAGCCUCUGCCCACAUGGCACCUUAUGCAAAAGGUCUGCCCUGAGCACCCUGUGUGACCUGGUCUCCCGUGCCAUGCACCACAUGCAGGGGCGCCACCUCCUGUGUCCGGGCACCAGCCCCGCCCGCCAGGCCCGCCAGCCACCACAGCCCAUCACCUGGUCCCCCGAUGCCCUCCACACGCUCUACUACUUCCUAAGGUGUCCACAGAUGGAGUCCAUGGAGAACCCCAACCUGGACCCCCCAAGGAUGACCCUGAACAAUGAACGGCCCUUCAUGCUGCUGCCCCCCCUGAUGGAGUGGAUGCGCGUGGCCAUCACCUACGCGGAGCACCGCCGCAGCCUUACUGUGGACAGUGGCGACAUCCGGCAGGCAGCCCGGCUGCUGCUACCUGGCCUGGACUGCGAGCCCCGGCAGCUCAAGCCUGAAUGCUGUUUCAGUUCCUUCCGGAGGUUGGAUGCCCGGGCAGCUACUGAAAAGUUCAACCAGGAUCUGGGUUUCCGCAUGCUCAACUGUGGGAGGACAGAUCUCAUCAACCAGGCCAUCGAGGCCCUGGGGCCGGACGGGGUAAACACCAUGGACGACCAGGGUAUGACGCCACUGAUGUAUGCCUGUGCUGCUGGGGAUGAAGCGAUGGUCCAGAUGCUGAUUGAUGCUGGGGCAAACUUGGACAUCCAGGUUCCAAGCAACUCUCCCAGGCACCCCUCCAUCCACCCUGACAGUCGGCACUGGACCUCGCUGACGUUUGCUGUGCUGCACGGACACAUUUCUGUGGUCCAGCUGCUGCUAGACGCUGGUGCCCACGUGGAGGGCUCGGCAGUGAACAGCGGUGAGGACAGCUACGUGGAGACACCCCUGCAGCUAGCAUCUGCAGCUGGGAACUACGAGCUGGUCAGCUUGCUGCUGAGCCGCGGCGCUGACCCCCUCCUCAGCAUGCUCGAAGCCAACGGCAUGGCCUCCCCGCUCCAUGAGGACAUGAACUGCUUCAGCCACUCAGCCGCCCACGGCCACAGAAACGUCCUAAGGAAGCUCCUGACACAGCCGCAGCAGGCCAAAGCAGACGUGCUAUCCCUGGAGGAGAUCCUGGCCGAGGGCGUGGAGGAAAGCGAUGCGUCAAGCCAGGGCAGCGGUGGCGAGGGGCCUGUGCGCCUGAGCCGGACCCGCACGAAAGCUCUGCAGGAGGCCAUGUACUACAGCGCCGAGCACGGCUACGUGGACAUCACCAUGGAGCUGAGGGCACUGGGCGUCCCCUGGAAGCUACACAUCUGGAUCGAGUCUCUGAGGACCUCCUUCUUCCAGUCACGGUACUCGGUGGUGCAGGGCCUCCUGCGGGAUUUCAGCUCCAUCAAGGAGGAGGAGUACAAUGAGGAGCUGGUGACCGAGGGCUUGCAGCUCAUGUUCGACAUCCUCAAGACCAGCAAAAACGACUCCGUCAUCCAGCAGCUGGCCACCAUCUUCACCCACUGCUACGGCAGCAGCCCCAUCCCCAGCAUCCCAGAGAUCCGGAAGACCCUGCCGGCCAGGCUAGACCCUCACUUCUUGAACAACAAGGAGAUGUCAGAUGUGACCUUCCUGGUAGAAGGAAAGCUAUUUUAUGCACAUAAAGUCCUGCUGGUGACAGCUUCCAACAGGUUCAAGACACUGAUGACCAAUAAAUCAGAGCAAGAUGGAGACAGCAGCAAAACCAUCGAGAUCAGUGACAUGAAGUACCACAUUUUUCAGAUGAUGAUGCAGUAUCUGUACUAUGGAGGGACAGAAUCCAUGGAAAUCCCCACCGCUGACAUCCUAGAGCUGCUGUCGGCUGCCAGCCUGUUCCAGCUGGAUGCCCUGCAGAGGCACUGUGAGAUCCUGUGCUCCCAGACUCUCAGCGUGGAGAGUGCCGUGAACACCUACAAAUAUGCCAAGAUCCACAAUGCCCCAGAACUGGCGCUGUUCUGUGAGGGCUUCUUCCUCAAGCACAUGAAAGCCCUGCUGGAGCAGGACUCCUUCCGGCAGCUCAUCUACGGCCGCAGCAGCAAAGUGCAGGGCCUGGACCCCCUGCAGGACCUGCAGAGCACACUGGCCGAGCGAGUGCACUCUGUCUACAUCACCUCCCGGGUGUGAGGCGGGUGCCAAGGACGGCUGGUUGAGGCCCUCUUGGAGCCAGGCUCAUGGGGCUGUUUCCCCCUCCUUCCCCAGAUGUCCUC